AUGAAGCCGAUAUGGAGAGGCAAGACACCGGACAGAGCACGACGGUCGACAGACUACCCACGAGACAAAAGGCGAGGACCCCAGGAGAGAAUGGGCGAGGAAUGGGAGCUGAGGGGAGGAAAGAGAGGACGGAGGGGCGACAUGGUGACGGAAAUGUCUCCCACUUUGGUUUGGGUUGCAGCGGCGGAGGACCUUGGAGGAAAGCGGGUGCCAUCCUCGACGUCAAAGAAGACUUUUCGUCGCGUUUUUGAGGACCUUGGGGGUGCGAGCUUGGGGCUGACCCUCUUUUGGGAGACUCUUCAUUGGCCACCGUCCUUAGUCACGGAGGGGCCGGUCACGUGGACCUUUCGUCCGAUAUCAACACACCUGAGGGAGUAG